UUUGACAGCUGCCAAUUGGUAGCAACACAAUCCACCACUCCCAAAUAGAAAAUACCAACAGUGCAUUAAUCAAAACAAUUUUUCGGUUUGCAAGCUAAAGCAUGCAAAAAUCUUCGCAUAUCGCACGCCAGGACUCACAAGAACAAUUGCCGACCACACACUACAAAGUAGUUGUACCAUCAAUGAAGCGUCGUACAUUGGCAGGCACCUGUGGCGUUGGUGUGUUUGUGAUUGCAUUCGUUGCGAUUGUCAUCUCAUUCGCCACACCCAAUUGGCUGGCAAGUGAUGACCGGAUCACUGGUGCUAAACUGAAUCGUCUAGGAUUAUGGGUACAUUGUUUUCGAUCACUGCCCGAUGUGAAUGAUGAUAGUCAACGCCGUUUUUUCGUCGGCUGUCGCUGGGUGUAUGACCCCUUCACAACGGGCUACGAUGAAAUUCGCGGAUUUUUGCUGCCUGCAUUCAUGAUUGCAACACAAUUUUUCUACACACUUGCAUUUAUUGGAGCGCUAGUAUCAUGCGUGGGCGUCUUGGUAUUCUUCCUCUGUGCUGGACCGGACCAAAAACACUUUGUAACUCUUAUAAAGUUAAUAGGGUAUGUAAUGUUGGGUACAGGUGUGAGUGCAGCUAUUGCUGUUAUUGUUUUUGCUUGUUUUGGCAAUCGUAAUGGCUGGAUGCCGGAACACGCCAACAAUUGGUUCGGUUGGUCAUUUGUGCUAGCAUGCGUUGGAACAGUAUUUUCUUUGGUGACAGGAAUUCUAUUCCUUACUGAACAAAACGUACAAGCGAAAAAGCGCAAACAAUUCAAAGAAUCUCAAACACGUUUUGAAUUAGUACAAGGCAAGGCCUAGUGGUGGAGUCAUCUUUCGACAGAGGAACUUAGUUUGCUUAUGCACAGGAGCAGUCGCGAAAGAAAACGAUUGUGCGGAAAAAUGCAACAUAGUUCCACAAGUUUUACGAAAGAAAUGUAAAAGUAUUUUAAGGAUAAAAAAGACACGACUUCAAACAUUCUAUAAUAUUUAAAAACGAAAUCUAAGCAUGCAGUAAUGCAUGUGCCUAAAUUCCGUCCAUUUAAAGGAAAAAAACGACCAGUUCUAAGUUAAAAAGUUUUUUUACAUGUACAACUUCAACUUUUUUUGAAGAGCUCGAAGCAAUAAAACGCGAAAUAAUAGUCGUAAGUUUAUGCAAUUCACACAAGGUUAAAUCGUAUCGU